GGACCCGUCCAAAUCCAAGAUGGAGCCGAAUCGAGAAAAAGAAAACCUUCUUGCGCUAAAAGUGAUGCGGCUGACCCGGCCGACCUUCCUCCAUGUGACCCCCAUCACCUGUGAUGACAGAGACUUACCAGGCUCGACAUUUUCCCAGGUAGUUCGGUCAGACAUGGCGAGUUCAGCAGGCCUGGAGGAGUUUGCUAUGGGGGAACUGCUGACACUGCCACAGAACUUUGGGAACAUCUUCCUGGGCGAGACCUUCUCAUGUUACGUCUGCGUUCACAACGACAGCACCCAGCUAGUCAAGGACAUCAUGGUCAAGGCUGACCUUCAGACAUCGUCCCAAAGACUGACCUUGUCAGGGGGCAGCAGCCCACCAAUCCCGGAGCUCGGGCCGGAGGGCAGCAUUGAUGAGGUCAUACAUCAUGAGGUCAAGGAGCUCGGAACACACAUCCUGGUCUGUGCUGUCAGCUACACGACUCAGUCUUCCGAGAAAAUGUACUUCAGAAAAUUCUUCAAAUUCCAGGUAUUGAAGCCUCUUGAUGUGAAAACCAAGUUCUACAAUGCUGAGUCUGAUGAGGUUUACCUGGAGGCGCAGGUGCAGAACAUCACAGCAGCUCCCAUGGUCAUGGAGAAGGUCUCUCUGGAACCCUCAGCUUCUUACAGUGUCUCAGAACUCAACACAGAGGAGAAGGCUGGAAUGUCCAUAUUUGGCACGUCUGUGUACCUGAACCCCAAGGACAUCCGGCAGUACCUGUACUGUCUCAAACCCAAGGCAGAGGUCGGAGCUCCGCGGGGGGUCCUGAAGGGCGUGACGAACAUCGGCAAACUGGACAUCAUCUGGAAAACCAACAUGGGGGAGAAGGGAAGGCUGCAGACCAGCCCACUGCAGAGGAUGGCCCCUGGCUAUGGAGACAUCAGACUGACAGUAGAACAGAUCCCAGACGGAGUUCCCAUGGAGAAACCCUUCAACUUCAAGUGCAGGGUCACCAACUGUUGUGAGAGAACGAUGGACCUGUUACUGCUGCUACAGAACAGUGGAACCAGCGGGCUGUACUGGUGCGGGGUGUCAGGCAAACAGCUGGGCAAACUGGGCCCCAACACUCACAUGGAACUCAACCUGACAUUACUGGCCUCAGUACCAGGACUACAGAGCAUCUCGGGUCUGCGGCUGACAGACACGUACCUGAAGCGGACGUACGAACACGACGACAUCGCGCAGGUGUUUGUCUACUCAGACCAGGAGGAGCCGGCUUAGGUCUGCAACCUUCUCAGCAAGGAAACUACACAGGGCACUUAUGAUGAAGGAAGAACUGGGAAGUCAGUGGCAAGACAUUUUCUGAAGCUCA